AAUAAGUUCUCUUGCACUUUAUACCUUCAACAAUUCAAGGAUAGAACCAUGGCUAUCCGUAUUUUUGUUGUUUGCAAAUCCCACGAGAUGCCUGGUCCGGCUAAGGACAAGAAUAAGUUAAUGGCAAACGCAGCCUGUCAAGAAGUUUUGAAUCGAGACUAUGAUGAAUCCAAAGGAGAUCGUCUAUUGUGUGAAGGGACAUAUUUCUCGUUUAAUCAAACGUGUUUCCUUGUAAUCGAUAACGGUCCUGUGGAUGCCACAACCUAUGAUAUCCGGAUGUUCAAAUGGAGAGGACAGGAGCUAGUCUCUGUGCCCAAAAUCCCCCCAUAUGCUCUCAAACAGUUUCGCGACAAGUACCAAUUUAAUCCAGCCGACAGACCUAAACGCCCGGUGUACACGGACGAGCAAUUUAGGGACAGAUUUGGCACUGAUGAACACCGAAAGCUCGUGGAAGCCAUAGAGGAGAAGAAAAAAAUUGCUCGAGAAUAUAGCGCUAGCACUUAGCAGUGAUAUCCCAUUGGGUGAGACCUUAAUCUGCUGUUUCAUUGUGCAUAAAGGGGGUUAGGCACAGAGGCGAUAGAGAUAGAGCUCUCCAAAGCCGGACUGUACCUACUUCGGGCCUUUCAUACGACAUGCUCUGUAUGGUGGAUAGGGUGGUGAACAAUGUAGUAUUCAAAUGGUUGACCUUGGAUGCAAUCUAGAGAAAAUACUACUUGUAGAGCAUAGCCAAUAUCCAAAUUGCUGGACGCGUUAGGUGACCCAUCGAGUCAGUGUAAACCACAAUUAUGGUUUAAAUUGAGUCAAUGUUUGUGCGUACACCAUGUACUAUGGCCAUCAGCUCCCAAUUCUCUCUGGCAGCAGCAAGCGUGGAAUGACCAGCAGAGCUGCGAGUAUUUCAUACUCGUGCCACUCGCUCCUCAACAAAGACGCCUUGAGUUAGGAACGAAAUCCUGACCGGUUUGCUCAGGUACCGACGCAGCAUUGUGGAUAAGCGGCGAUUAGGUGUGUCCGCGUCGUGGUAGACAACCCCCAUUUCCUCAUCCCGCUCUACAGUAUUCUCAUCAUAAUUGCCCUCAUCGACUCUCGUAAAGUGUUGGCGACACUAAAGCUUGGCAUUGUAUGGCGAUAAAGGUGUUGUCUAUUCAUACCUCCUGGUUCCACAAGACCGCCGUAGGUAAACCUAUGCCGCAAGUUGCCGUGCAACUGAGGUCAGGUUCCAGAGAUG